AAUGAGAAACAUCCUCCAGCCAACCGCCCCGUCUCCACCCAUGGCCGUGCCGCUCCGCUAUUGGAGCUCCUUCCGAGCUCUAGCAGCAGCAGGUCCACACACACGCGCACACACACACACACACAUCCGCACACACACAUCCGCAUGCAGACGUAUAACACACCCUCCCCUCGCCCAUCGACGUCAUCGCUACGGUGUCGAAAGCGACGAAUUCAAACAGUGUGUUUAGAGCGUCUUCCUGCAACAUCGCCAAGGUCAGUCGGCGAGGAGCGCAGUCCGGACAUUUCGGCGUUUCAGAAGAAACAGACCUGGGUUUAGAAUGCCACCCCCUGUUGGUCAACCAGUUGUGCCCCCUCCGGAUGGAGGCUGGGGCUGGGCUGUGGUGGGUGGAGCCUUCAUCUCCAUUGGCUUCUCCUAUGCUUUCCCCAAAGCCACCACUGUCUUCUUCAAGGACAUCCAGAGGAUUUUUGAUGCAUCAUAUAGUCAGGUUGCCUGGAUCUCUUCGAUCAUGUUGGCCGUCAUGUAUGCUGGAGGCCCCAUAAGCAGCAUCCUAGUAAACACGUACGGCUGCCGUCCAAUAAUGAUAAUGGGGGGAUUUCUGUGUGCAGUGGGCAUGAUCUCCGCCUCUUUCUGCUCCAACGUCAUGCAGCUCUACAUCUGCAUCGGAGUGAUUGGGGGUUUCGGCCUUGCUUUCAACCUUCAGCCAGCGUUGACCAUGAUUGGGAGAUAUUUCUACAAGAAACGUCCCAUUGCUAAUGGCUUUGCCAUGGCAGGCAGCCCUGUCUUUCUAAGCACUUUAGCCCCUCUGAACCAGUACCUUAUCAAUGCCUUUGGCUGGAGAGGCAGCUUCCUUAUUCUAGGGGGGCUCCUGCUCAACUGCUGUGUGGCUGGAUCCCUCAUGAGGCCCCUGCCUCAGCCCAAGAAGAGUAACAAGGACGAGGAGACUGCCGUUGUUCCAGCUACAAAGACAGAAAAGCUUACUGCCUGGCAGACAGUCAAUAAAUACCUAGACCUUUCACUCUUUAAACACAGAGGCUUCCUCAUCUACCUGUCUGGAAACGUGAUCAUGUUUGUUGGUUUCUUUGCCCCUAUUGUCUUCCUGUCGCCAUAUGCCAAGGAUAAUGGUGUGGACGAGUACUCAGCAGCCUUUCUUCUGUCCAUCCUGGCCUUCGUGGACAUGUUUGCCCGGCCCUCUAUGGGCCUGCUAGCAAACUCACGCUGGGUGCGGCCGAAGAUCCAGUAUUUCUUCAGCUUUGCAGUUCUCUAUAAUGGGGUGUGCCACGUACUGUGCCCGCUGGCGGAGACCUACACAGGCAUGGUGGUGUACGCUGUGUUCUUUGGGUUUGCGUUCGGGAUGGUGAGCGCAGUGCUGUUCGAGACACUCAUGGACCUUGUUGGAGCUCAGAGGUUCUCCAGUGCUGUGGGACUCACCACAAUCGUGGAGUGUUGCCCUGUCCUUAUCGGACCACCGCUGGCAGGGAAACUAGUUGAUGUCACUAAAAGCUACAAGUACAUGUACAUCUGCUGUGGAUCGGUGGUGAUCUUAGCCAGCAUCUGGCUCUUCAUUGGGAACUUCAUCAAUUACCGUCUGCUGGAGCGAGAGCGCAAACAGGAGGAGAUGUACAAACGGACUGAGACCGAGGAUCCAGACAGGGACAAGGACCAGGCUGAGGUGGAGGCUGGCGCGAAUAUAGAUGCACAGGCUUCUGAGGAGCUCUUCGAGAAAGCUGAAGACGCCAUGCAGCGGGAAACCAACAUUUAAACUUCUUCCAAAUCAACUCUGCACUUUUAUCCCAGCUAUGUGACCUCAGCAGGUGAGGAGAUGCUGAUCACACUGGGAUACAAAAAUCCACACUCGACUGCCAAAGCAAACCUUAAUUCCUCUGAGGGAUUAAUUGGUAGGAAGGAUGUUACAUUUGUGUGUUAGCACUCAGUUAAAGCAUGUCAACCAAGAAGUGUGAAUGGGAGGGCCUCCUGAGGGAAACAUUGAUUUGGCAAGGGAGAUGCAUCCUGCGUUGUGCUGUAUAAUUAGAGACUGUGGACACAAACUGAUAAAGUCUAACAAGUGUAAAGCAGUACUCCAGCAAUGCUUAAUUAUUAAUAUAAUUAAUCACUAUCUGCCACAUCUGUAUCGUACUGCUGAUUUCUAUGGACAGCAGCUUUGAAAAAGGUGUAAAUGUGUUUCUUUAACAUCAAGGUUUACAGUGGUUCAUUUCACAAUAAUGUGAGGUUAUGAGACUUCAGUUUCAGGAGCACUGUCCAGCAGGUUAGGUUACGAGUAUAACUAUAGUUUCUGGUUAGAAAAGAACAGAAAGCAUAUUGACCCAAACUAGCUUAUAAUAGAAGCCACAGGUUAAGAAAAAGCAUUUCACAUAUGUGACUGAAUACCAUGAAUUCAGUAGCAUCAUAAUGUCAGUUGUGCUUCGGACCCCUUCCCUGAGUGGAUGAAUCUGAUGGCGGAGCUCGUUGAAAACAUUCACAGAGAACUCGGUCAAAACGUGGUGAAGGAUGUAUCUUCUGAGGAUGUCAGUGAACUAUUGUCAUUAUAUCCAUAUCAGUGUAACGAUUUUGCAUUUGGGACCUAAACAUUGAGCCAGACCUUCAUUCUGGGACUGUGCAUGUGAUGUUAUGUUAAUACACAAAGACAUGGACUGAAAAGCUCUUGUAAAAUCAGAAAACUUCAGACUUACUUACUUCAGGCUUUACAGGACGACCGAUACAGUCAUAUUUCGCUGUUCACUAGAAAUCACAAGCGCUCUGUGGGAGAUCGUAGUGCCCUCAAAAUCAGCGACCAAUGUUAGUGCCCGAAAAUGCCCAUUUCAGUCGCCUCCAAUGUCUCUCCAAAACUGUUCUUACGAAGUUUUCUGGUGCUGAGGGAGAGUCUGUGCGAUGCUGGUAACACAUUAACACGAAUCACUUUCUCUCUGUAACACUAGUUAUAGUCAAACGCAAAAGGUUGGGUGCUCCUGGUCAAAUCACAUCAAAAUUACAAGUGGAAUUAGGUAUACAUCCUCUGGACCUCUGCCAAUUUUAAUGCACUAUUACUCUGCAGAAGAUGUGACAAAACAUGCCAUCUGACUGGUGUGCCUAAAAGUUUGCAUGUGGCAAAAAAAAUAAAAAAUCCCUGCAGAUUUACAACUUAUUUCACAAUGACUUUGCUGAGGAAUCCACACAAGUGUACAAAAACCAGAUGUUUCGCAAAAGCAUUUACUAAUGGAAUUCAGCAGCUGCCCACUGCUUUCUGUUAUAAAUGUGUUUUGAAUCAAUGAGCUUUCUGUUCUUUUUAGGCAGUGAAAGGAAAUGCUGUACACUACAGACGUGGCAGAUUAAAAAUGAGACUGAAGAA